AGCGCAGCUCUUGGCGCGAGCGGCGCGCUUCUCCGCUGUUUUGUCAUUGUCAAUCCGCUUUUUCUCGUCAACAUCUACUUCUUUUCAGAUUCAGUCCGCACUUGCAAAGGAUAAAGCUCUGCUGAAGGGAGAAUUUAUUUCUAUGAGCCAGACGCGUGGUGCAGCUGCAGCUAUCAUCAAUGCGCGUAAGUUAAGGCUACUCUCUCAGUCACUAUCUGGAGCGAGCUAUGACCGUGAGUGAUGGCUCCCUUGAUGAUUUAUAGGAGGAAUAAUGUUAUAAUUAAUAUGGAAAGUAGAAAACAACUCACUCAAUCUCAACAUCCACUUCGGAUAGUGACCCCUGACUGCCUCCAAGUAAUACUUCAAGUGCUCUUUCAGUCGUGGCCACAGGUAUCUCGAAUCACAUGCACAACUGGAUCUGUGGCACAGAUGUUUCUGGCGAGUGUGUCUCCGUGGCAGUUUGCGCCGCUGGAUCAGAUGGGUAAGAAGUUACAUUCAGAAUUUAGAAACUGGAAUUUAGUUGCAAUUAGCAUUUGGUAUCGGUAAUGGAGGUCCUUGUCCUCACGACCUGUAUCUAAGGUUUCCAAUCAAAUGGCUCCAUCCACUCUUCGAGGACUACACUAACACUUCCAACAAGAUGGCUUCAUACUUACUUGACUUACUAUCUCUGUACUUUAAGUAACAUAUUAAUCGAUCCACCUCCUGAUCCCGUUGAAUCUUCAGGUGCGGCGUCGACAGGCAGGGCCUCAUCAAUUCGCGUCCGGUUGUUUGCAAGGGAAAAGGCGAUUGCGAAACCGCUAAACAUAUGCUAGAACGGACGCAGGAUGGACCGGAUGGGCCUACCUAAGUCUUCGGUCCCUACUGGAAAUGCUUAGCGGACCCGGGAAGUCCAUCCGAUCCAUCCGAUCCUGAGUUGGUCACCACGAUAAAUUGUUCUAAUCUGCCAAUAGACGACUUUUCUCGCCAUAACAUGAAAGCAACGGACCCUCUCUACCUCUAGUUUUUAGAGAACUUACUCAACAAUCGCAGACCAUUGCUACUCAAUCUCAGAAUCGGUCUCAUAGUCGUUACAUUGGAUUCUAUCGACGUAUGCGUGAGCAAAAUAACGUUCAGACCUUAAUAAUGAUGAACAUUUGAAAAUGUCUCACAUUCUCUUCUAUCACAUUGUACCAAUCGAGCUCAUGGCUCCAGGAUGAACAUGAAGUGGUAAGAUGUCUUCCAGAAAUUACUGGGAACAACUGACAGCGACAACUUCUACAUCAAGUGAAGUCGUUCGCUAAAAGGUU